CAAUGAGAGCGGAGGAGCGCGGCACGCAUUUCUAAGGCGACGGCGGGGACGCCUGCGGGAAGCCGAAGCUUCAGGACAGUUCCCAAAGUGCUUUCCUGUCACCUGACCCAUCUUAGCCAUGGUGUCAUGGAAGGGGAUUUACUUCAUACUCACUCUAUUUUGGGGAAGCUUUUUCGGCAGUGUUUUCAUGCUGAGUCCUUUCCAUACCUCUGAUGUUUGUCUCGCAUACUGGUACCGCUGGAUGACCAGUCGUCUUGUGGCCUCCUGGCUCACCUUCCAGUGGUAAGCAUUGCUGGAGAUCGUAUUUGGUGUAAAGGUGAUCAUAACGGGUGAUGCCUUCAUUCCUGGAGAAAGGAGUGUCAUCAUUAUGAACCACCGGACGAGAAUGGAUUGGAUGUUCCUUUGGAAUUGCCUGUUAAGAUACAGCUACCUCAGACUUGAGAAAGUCUGCCUCAAAUCCAGCCUCAAAAGCGUUCCCGGAUUCGGUUGGGCGAUGCAGGCUGCUGCCUAUAUAUUCAUCCAUAGACGAUGGAAAGAUGACAAAAGUCACUUUGAAGCCAUGCUGGAUUAUUUCUGUGACAUCCGUGAGCCUCUUCAACUCCUCAUAUUCCCAGAAGGAACUGACCUCACAGAAAACAGCAAAGUUCGCAGUAACGAAUUUGCUGAAAAAAAUGGACUGCAGAAAUACGAAUACGUCUUGCAUCCACGGACUACAGGAUUUACUUUUGUAGUGGAACGUCUGAGGGAAGGACGGAACCUCGAUGCCAUCCACGACAUCACCGUGGCUUACCCUCAUAACAUCCCUCAGACGGAGAAACACCUCCUGGAAGGAAAUUUCCCCAAGGAGAUCCACUUUCACAUCCACCGGUAUCCAGUGGACCUCCUGCCCGCCUCCACAGAGGAGCUCCAGGUCUGGUGCCACAAGCGAUGGGAGGAGAAAGAGGAGCGGCUUCGCUCGUUCUACGAGGGGCAGAGGAAUUUUGAAGUCUCGGGGCCGAUCACAAUUCCACCCUGCAAGUCAGAGACCAGGGUCCUGCUGGUGAAGUGGAUAUCCCUCCUGUACUGGUCACUGUUCAGCCCUGCUAUGGUCGUGCUCAUGUACUUCAGCAGCUUGGCCAGGUGGUACUUUGUCACUUGGAUCCUCAUCUUUGUCCUGCAGGAGAAGAUAUUCGGUGGCCUGGAAUUCAUCGAACUGGCAUGUUACAGGUUCUUAGCCAAACGACAGAGUGGAGAGCUCAAGAAAGCCGAAUGAAGGUCCCGAAUUCGCCAGGCAGGCUCCUAGGGGCAGCUUUUUGAGACGUCCGUAGCCUUUGUAAGCCAGGAAGCGUUUUUUUGCAUGAAAAUCCUCAAUCUUUAUAACUACCGUCAUUAUUUGUUAAAGACAUUUUGCACUUGAUUUUGUGGAAAAAAAAAGAAUUCCUAGUUAUCGCUCCAUAUGAACAAAUGAUUUUUAAUCUCUGAAUGUCGAUGCUACUGUAGCAGGCAGGAAACAACUGAGGGUUGUAACUGUGAAAUAACUCUUGCCGGGUAAUCGAACAAUCAUCAGGCUGUUGCUAGGCCAGGUUAGAUAGCGGGUUUUUCGAAUCUCUAACCCCGCUGUCCAAAAGAUCCAUCCAGCAGCUUGGUCUGGCUUGGAACCACUGGCACAAAUCAGACAUCCAGACUUGAAAAUUAUAGAUUGCCUCAGGUACGUAAGAGUCUCAAUCUUCUCUUUCCAAGCUGCCCUCUCUGGGGAUGUCUUAUCCUCUCUGUCCUCCUUCCUUUCCUCUUUCCUCCCCAUCUCCCGGCCUACCAAAUGCAUAGCUAACCAUUGGCCGGCAGAUGCGGCCUUCUCCCAGUGAGAACUGUUUACGUGAAAAUUAUCUGAAAGGAAGCCGGGGAAGAGACACGGACUCGGAAUCGGCUCGCCUGUCUGUUAAAACACAUCUGCCGUCCUCUACGGCUUGACCCGAGAAAGAAAAUGCUGAGUUUUCUCCAUUGGUUCAGAGUGCACCUCUGACUUCGGGAAGCCCGCUGAAACUAGCGAGCAGAGUAGUGAGUUGCCUGAAAUCAGAUGGCCAAAGUUAGGGUCUCGCCCGGCUCUAACACUGACAAAUCAGAUUUUAUCUCCGGGGUCGUCCAGAGAUUACAGGAAUGCCCUUUGACACUGACCAUUUUCGGGCUUGACCAGACCCCUUCACACACUAGGAGUAGCCCGUUGGAUUUGACCCCAGACAAUCACUCCCUUAAACAUUACCAUCAAUGGACAGUCCAAAGAUCCAGUUGCCCGGUACCCUAGCGAAGCAAAGGAACACUGUUAAUUUUGUGUUUGGGGUUGGUCUCCCCUCAUCUCAUCAUAUAACAGGGACGGAGGUUACAGCGACAGAAACUAUGAAGCAGUCGUUAGCGGGUAUCCAUCUUUCGUCUUGAUUUCAGCAUUUAACCAACCUCCCGAUCCAUUUUAUUGCUCCGUACCCUCGGCUGGCAUGAACAACCGCCUCUUAAUUCAACCUCUUCUUUGCCUGGCGGUACUUUCCUCACAUGGCCAUGAAAGGUAAAUACACUGUGAGCUUAAUUUAUGGAGCUCAUUCUUGUAGAAACGCUUGGCUAAGCCGGGCAGGGCACCGUUGGAGAAAGGGUUUGGUUGGAAAUUAGCAUUCGGACAUGUUGUCUAGGGCCCCGCAGAAAAGCAUCAACCUAUAUUUAACUGUCCCUUACAAGGGGACAGCUGUUUUUCAUAGCUACUAAUUAGUUAUUACGCACAUGUGCUCUAAGCCAUCUGUUUUACUCCAUGCAUUUUUUUUUUUACCUUCCUUCUUAAUAAAAGUGAUUUCUAAUUUA